AUGCCUCACCAUACAUUCAAACCAUUUUUUGAAUGCCCCGAAUCAAUUUCUAAUACAACGAAUUGGCACCCAACCACACUUACCUUCACUCCUCCACCAAUUCAACUUCCUUUUCCUCCCCCGAUCACUGCUCAAGACAUUGUCCUCAAGCGUCCUUCUUCUAAAAUUUGUUCAAAGAGUCCUAAUGCCUUUUUUAUCUAUCGUAAAGCGUAUUUUGAUCAACUCGCUCCUUUGAAUCAAAGGUUCAAAAUGACGGAUGUUUCAAAGUUAGUUAGUUUGUAUUGGAAAAAUGAACGAAGUGAGGUCAAAGAUGCUUAUAAAAAAAUUGCACAGGAGGUCGAGUGGGAAUUAAAUGAAAGGAGAAAAAGAGAUUUGGUCUACCCGGAUAUCAAUCCGAAUCUUAAAAUGGCUCGGAGAAGAAGCAAAAAUAGCCCGAAUAAUAAUAAUGUUUCAAAAAAAAAGUGUGGAAAGGUGAUAACAACAGAUAAUCAAAAUGGAAGUGCAAUAUUCGAAAGAGAUGGAUCCGAGAUGAUAAACCAACCAGGUGGCACAUGUUUUGAACUCACUUUUGGUUCAGACAUGCAACCUUUAAUUCACUCCUAUACCGUAGACUUUGAGAAUUAUUUGGUGUCGAAUUGCACUCUUGAUGAUGUCGUCUCUUCAUCAUCUGAUGAGCCUCUUGUUAACGAGAAACGUAAUGAUAAAGAUCACUUUAUGGCUUCAGAAACGAUCUUGGAUCAGAACGAUGUUGAUUAUUAUGUACAAAAUAAUUCCAACCUGUUUUUAGAUGAUAAUGAUAACGUUCUCGAUCCGCUACCCGCACAAUCUCAAAAUGAUAAGCCUAUUGUCCCUGUUGAAAAUGUCGCAUUUGAUGAGUUCUGCUUUGAUGAGAAUACCAAUUUAAAUUGGUAUUUGCAGAGCUUUGUUUAA